UUUGACACAAAGUCAUCCCAGUGAUGUCCCAUGAUUCUGCGCAGACAUUUAUUACCAGAGGCAUCAAUACGCCUCUCCAAGUUCCCAUUUAGUGUUCAUGUCUCACAGCCAUAGAGUAAUACAGGGAGUACAAGGGACUUGAAGAUCCGGGUCUUUGUCCUUCUACACAGGUAUCGACAACGACAUAUACUCGUGCUGAGCGAGUCCAUAACACCGUGGGCCAAGCCAAUCCCCCGUAAGACUUCCUAGCGAGAUUCACCGUUAUUAUGAACUACGCUACCAAGCCCCUUGCAGUAACAAUGAAGGCCCUGGCGUGUGCGUCUGUGGUGGUGGUGCUGCUGCUGGCCGGCGUGCAGGCUCAUUCCCCCCCUGGCGGCCGUGGCCCAACCUAUGCGAGACUGUUCCUUGACUAUUUCCUGUCUGAGUUCUGCGAGGGCAUCGAGGACACGUGCCAAGAGAACAUAUGGGACUGCUUGAGGGACAACAAGCCCGAGCCGAUCCAAACGGAGGAGCAGCUCACCGCCCUCAAGAACAACCUGACAGCCUGCGCAGAGGGUAUGAACGACACCGACGCCGACUUCUCCGACCUCACCCUCGCCACCCUCCAGCAGCGGUCCAGGCUAGGUGAGCUCUUCAACCCUGGCUAUGGCGUUAGCAGUGAAAACGUGGGCCCCCUCAUCAGGUGCAUGAUGGAGAAGGACGGCAAGCUCGAAACCAUCAAGACCUGCACCACCGGAAUCUAAGUUCCUUCUGCUGCCGCCAGGAGUCCGCACAAACCCCUUGAAGGACUUCCGAUGAAUACACAACAGACCCAAGGACCCCCUACAGGACCAUGAACUGAAACCCCUGCCUCUCUCUCUCUCUCUCUCUCUCGUUUACUUUCAAUAAGCGCAAACUAAAAAACAAAGCAGCGACAAAAUUAAGAACCAAAGAAAAAGAAGAAAAAAAAUUCAUCAACUGUGUCACCAGCUAAUUCAAUAAAGUGAAGUAGAAGAAGAUGAAAAAGAAGAAGAAGAAGAAGAAGAAGAAGAAGAAAGCAAAGAAGAAUCCAUCCUGUGUCACCAACUGCCAAAGGCUAUCAGCUACAAACAGAUGCACUCACAAACACAACAGUAAAAACAACAAAAAAAUAAAUAAAUAAAUAAACUUCACACAAUCAACUCGCAACAAAUUCAAAUCAUUCAGUUUUUUGUUCAUUGGCUUUGAUCCUAUUUGCUAAAAUUUCACCUCUUUCAAAAUCAAUAAACGUUAUCUGCUGCU